UGCCCUUGAGAACGGUGAUGACGACCACCUCAGCAUUACCGGUAACCUCAAAACCCAUCGAAAGUACGGCAGAAAAUUUAGCAUGGCAGGCAUGGUUGAUGUUGCCACCGGAACAAAAGCAAUUAAUAAAAUCACGUAAAGUUACGCCAAAAUCAAUAUUUACCCUACCGCUGCGAGUGGAAUGUCCCGAGGGUCAUCAACAGAUUGAUAACAAGUGUAUACCGACAGUGACGGGUUCGAAUGCCGUGUUGAUACAUCCAAAUGUUUUGGGUUUGGUAUUGGGUGAUGCACCCACAGCCGAUGUUGAAUAUGAUUAUGAAGAUGAACCCAUAAUGGGUGAUGGUAAUGAUUAUAAUCCGCCAUUGUAUUUGACGGCGGGAACUGAUGGUAAAUCGAAUACGGAAACAAUUUUGGAACUGAAACCCCCCAGCCAAGAUGAACCACUGAAAUUUAAUAUUUUUCAACAUAAAUUUCCCACAGAUGAUUAUCCCAUGGAGGAUUAUUCCGGAAUAUCGAAUGAGGGUUCGGCCCAGGCACCCGUUAGUCCUCCGGAAGUAAAGUUGGAACAAGAAGGAGAACAAAAUAAAUUGGUGGUAAAUGUAACCGGUAAUAAGGAUCUGGUUGGAGAGGCCAGUAAUGUAUCGAAGACCCAUAGCCUGAAUCAUAUAACCGAAUCGAAUGAUUUCAAUUUGGAAAAUUUGGAAGCUAUUUCGGUACCAGCCACCGCCCAGGGUCAGGAUCAAAAGCCCCAUACCAUUUCUUUGUUCAACGAAGAUUCGGCCAUACAUUUGGUGACCACCGCUAUGGAUACUGAGGAGGAAAGGGAAGAAGAGAAAAAUGUAAAAGGAGGAGAAGAAGGGGAGGGUAAUGCCAAGCCUCAAAAUUUGGAAACCUUGCUGCAAACCGAAUCCCUAAUGCCAAUGCUAAAUCACACCACAGCCUCUACCCUGGUCCAAUUGGAAAGUUUGCCAUUGAUUGUCACAAAUACCAGCGAGCUUGAGGAAUUGGAUAAUAGCCCCUCCCUGCAAAUUGAAAAUGUGGAAGAAAUUACCACAAUUUUACCAGACCCUAUGGAUAGUCGUAGCACCUUGGCUGAUACCAUGGAAGAGCAAAAACAAAAGACGGAAUUUAUACGCAGCGUAACCAUGAAUCCUUUGUAUGAUGAAGAUAACAACAGAGAAGAAGAAGAGGAUCAGGAUGUUGAUAUGACAACAACAACCUUGACAUCGUCAAAGGCUAAUGAGGAUUCCGCCUUGGAAACCACAACAAUGGACUCGUCAUCAACAAUACAAUUGGAUGAUACCACCAUUAUUGAGGGUAAUUUUGAAAUUACAACAAUGCCACCACAAGAACAAGAGACGGAGUCAUUGCCAUCCUCGUCAACAACAACCGAAACAACAUCCGCAACACCCAUGUCCUCCUCCUCCACAACCAGCUCCUCCUUUAUCUCCUCCACUUUGCCAUCAGAAAAUGCCCAACAAUUGUUGGAACCUUCAGAUCAGGAUUUUGAAGAAUUACAAAAAGAUCAACAACAACAACAGCGCGAUAUAAUGCAGAAAUCGAAAGUAGAACCGGUUGAGGUGUUGGCCACAAGAACAACAACAGCUAGGCCUGCAGUAACCACCACCACAACGACAACAACAUCUGGAGCCAUGCCAAAGCAACCGGAGACGAUGACAACAACAACGGCGGAUGAAUUAAUAACAACAACCACUAGCGGAGAACCAGUGACACCGUUACUUACCGUUCAUAAUAAUGGCAAUGAUAAUAUUGACAACACUAACAGCAACAACAACAAUGUAAAAUCAUCAACAAGUGAAAUUGAUCUGGCCGAAGAAUUGCGUUUAAUUAAUGAAUUGGUGAAGGGCAAACGUCCAGCCAUAACCUUAACCGCAGCUGAGGCGACAACAUUGAAAACUACAACAACAACAACGACCACUGCAACAACAACAUCACAAAACGAUGACGUUGAUAAUGAAAUUCAUACAUCACCAAAGCCCAGCACAGCUUCAGCAUCCGUAACACCAGUCACAGUUUCAGUUCCAUCAUCAGCAGCAUCACCAUUACCGUCACCAAGUGAAAGUUCUGCCAGUUCCAUAAAAUAUCGGUUGGAAACAACAAAAAUAUGGUCGAAAAUCAUGCCAUUGAUAAAAACCACAACAACAACAACAACGGAAAAAUCCCCAGAGGUUAGCGGAAAUUUGAAAACAAGUGAAUCCACAACAACAAAUGGUAAUGAUGAGGAGUCUUCCUCCACCAUGUCCUCUAUUUCCUCCAGUACCUCCGAUACCCAAACAGAAUCAACAACACCAAAUGCUGCUAGGCUAGUUGUAAGCAAUCGUAGUCAUAGAAAUAGUAAAAUUAUACGCAUAAAUGGUUUAAAUAGUUUAGAUUUCAAGCAGGGUAAGAAAACAACAGCAACAACAACUGAAGAUAUUUCCCCAACAACAGAAGAAUUCUCCACAACAACAACAACAGAAGCAUCAGCCUCCUCUUCUCCCAAACCUUUAGAUGAGGAGGAGGAGACUGAUGCUGGUGAGGAGAAUGAUGAUAAUGCCUAUGGUCCAUUUUGGUGGUUACCCAUAUCCUGGCGUUUAGAUGGCUCUGCUUCUAGUAAAGACUCAGAAGCCAGCUCUACAACAAGUACCACAAUCAAACCAGAUUCAGAAACAUCUAUCCAACAACAACAAGAAGAUAUGCCUUUACUAUUACGAUUUUGGUCAACAUAUCAUGCACCGAAAUCAAGUUAA